UCAUUUAUCUUGAUCAGACGUGUGGAUCGUGUUAAAUACCGAGAGGUGCAUAGCGAAAUUUUUAUAUUUUGAUAGACCGCGGUCAAAGAAGCCGCGCGAGGCUACUCGGAUGCGUUUUUAUCUCUAUGUGGAUGAUUCAAGUAUAAAUAUCCCGCAUGUAAUAAACAUCCGCCGUUAUAAUGUCGACAAAGAGGUAUAAAGCUGAAGAAGUCAGCGAAGACAGCAGUGCAGGUAGUGGCAGUGAUUUUGAUGACGAUGAGGAUCCAGAUAAAAUAGAAGUACCAGGUGGUGGAAAAGAUCUGGCGACAGCUGCAGGCAUUGGCGGAAUUAAAGAGGAGAAACCAUUGGUUCCAGCUCCCUUGCUCAAGGGACAUGGUGGAGUUAGCACAUUCGUGGAACCCUCGCCAUUACUCAACCAAAAAUUUGCAAAUAAACUACCGGGGGGUCUAGUUACAAAAAGCAACGCCGCUCCAGGCUACGAGAUGCUUCGUGUCGGUGGGUCUCAGGGGACACCGGCCUUCAUGGGUGUAGGUGGAAUGGGGCCGGUUGGACAAAUGGCUGCUAAUAAUCCCUAUGCAUUUCCACCGAGUCUUGCUAGUUUAGCAGGUUACAAUCCCGCUGCCCUUUUUCAACAUAGUAAGUCACCUUCUGCAAUGGAAAUGAGCAAUAUGAUGGGAAUGGGUAGUUUAAUGGGCCUUGGAUCUAUGGCUGGUCUAAACCCAUUUAUGCUGCAACAAUUCCUAACCCAAAACGGAAUGCAUCCAAAUUGGUCUGGAGGAUUGUCAGGUAAAGCCGUAUCUCAAUUGUGGAUGAAUUCCGGUGAUCCGGGAAAAAUGAACAUGCAGCCGACACUGCCAGAAGAAGAAGAAGUGGAUGAUGAAGAUAUGGGUGUUGCAGAAACCUACGCAGAUUACAUGCCAACAAAAUUAAAACUAGGCCGAAAGCAUCCUGAUCCUGUUGUGGAAACCGCUUCAUUAUCUAGCGUGGAGCCGACAGAUGUGUGGUAUAAAGUUGUCAUCCCUGAAGAGAUUAUUCGGUCCGGCGCCUUGUCCGCGUUGCAAUUAGAAUCGAUAACAUAUGCAUCGCAGCAGCACGAGCACUUAUUACCAGAUGGUACAAGAGCUGGUUUUCUCAUAGGAGAUGGAGCUGGAGUAGGAAAAGGUCGAACAAUAGCUGGAAUAAUAUUUGAAAAUUAUUUAAGAGGUAGAAAACGGGCGAUCUGGGUAUCUGUUUCUAAUGAUUUGAAAUAUGAUGCUGAACGAGACUUGAAAGACAUAGGCGCAGGAAAAAUUGAAGUGCAUCCAUUGAAUAAAUUUAAAUAUGCGAAGAUAUCGUCGGCCGUGAAUUCAAACGUUAAGAAAGGUGUUAUAUUCAGUACUUACUCAGCCCUCAUCGGCGAAUCUUCUCAAAGUGGGGGUAAAUACAAAAGCCGACUGAAGCAGCUAUUACAGUGGUGUGGCGAAGACUUUGAUGGGUUAAUUGUGUUUGAUGAGUGUCACAGAGCGAAAAAUCUCUGUCCUACUGGUAGUUCAAAACCAACAAAAACUGGCCUUACGGUAUUAGAACUUCAAAACAAAUUGCCUAAGGCACGUGUUGUAUACGCUUCCGCGACGGGUGCGUCGGAACCAAGGAAUAUGGCUUACAUGGUGAGAUGUGGUAUGUGGGGGGAAGGGACACCUUUUCCGGAAUUCACUGACUUCAUCGCUGCUGUAGAAAAAAGAGGUGUUGGCGCUAUGGAAAUUGUAGCUAUGGACAUGAAGCUGAGAGGAAUGUAUAUAGCCAGACAGCUCAGCUUUCACGGUGUGGCAUUCAAAAUUGAAGAAGUUCCUUUAUCCAAAGAAUUUACAAAAGUGUACGACACUUCUGUGAAACUGUGGGUUGAAGCUAUGCAGAAAUUUCAAGAGGCUGCUGAACUUAUUGAUGCCGAAAACAGGAUGAAAAAAACAAUGUGGGGACAAUUCUGGUCUUCGCAUCAAAGAUUUUUCAAGUAUCUUUGUAUAGCUGCUAAAGUUAAACAUGCGGUAGCAGUUGCUCGUGAAGCAGUGAAAUGUGGCAAAUGUGUCGUGAUAGGUCUACAAUCUACUGGAGAAGCCCGUACCUUAGAACAACUAGAGAGAGAUGAUGGAGAACUCAGUGACUUUGUCUCAACAGCCAAGGGAGUUCUUCAAACUCUGGUGGAAAAACACUUCCCAGCACCUGAUCGAAAUCGAAUACAUCGAUUGCUUGGUCUUGAGCCACCGAAAUCCGGCAAAUCUCAUAAUGGGGACUUUGAGGAAGCAGGAGGUUCAACAGGAAAACGCAAACCAGUGCGUCAAGCUGCACAGAGAGCAUCGAAAAAGGUUAAGACAUGGUCUACCGAUGAUGAUGUGUCUGAGGAUGACAGAAAUGGCGGUGGUCGGAGUUCUGGAUCGGAGUUUAAACUCUCUGGAACUGAAAGUGAAGAUGAUAAUCGUAGCGACGAUGAAAGUAACGCUAGUUCUGACUUUAAUCCCUUCUACAGUGACAGUGAUUCUGAUGCAGAUCCGUGGGACCGGAGGAAAAAAAAGGGGAAGAAGCACAAAAAAUCGCCGAAAAAACGUCUAAGUACGCAAGAUAAAAUUCAGUCGAUGCUUGCAAGUAAAACAUCACAUAACAAAAAUAAACGGAACGGUGAGAGUGGUAUGGGAAUGCCUGGAAUGGGCCUGUCAAUGUCGCAAGCUCCACCACGUGAUGCUAUAGAGCGUGCUUGUUGCAUUAAGGAAGAAUUACUGGCUCAGAUCGAAUCUCUUGGUGACAAAUUACCUCCAAAUACACUGGAUCAACUUAUCGAUGAAUUAGGCGGACCUGAAAACGUUGCAGAAAUGACAGGCAGAAAAGGUCGAGUUGUGCAGACUGAGGAUGGUGCGAUUCAGUAUGAAUCUCGGUCGGAAGUAGAUGUUCCAUUAGAAACUUUAAAUUUAACAGAAAAACAAAGGUUUAUGGAUGGCGAAAAAACGGUAGCGAUCAUCUCCGAGGCCGCGAGCAGUGGUAUUUCUCUGCAAAGCGAUAGGCGGGCUAGAAAUCAAAUGCGAAGAGUACAUAUAACUCUAGAACUGCCAUGGAGUGCCGACAGAGCUAUCCAACAAUUUGGAAGAACUCAUAGAUCCAAUCAAGUCAAUGCUCCAGAAUACAUUUUUCUAAUAUCCGACUUAGCUGGAGAACGAAGGUUCGCUUCAAUCGUAGCAAAACGUUUAGAAAGCUUGGGGGCUUUAACACACGGUGAUCGAAGAGCUACAGAAACAAGAGAUUUGUCACAGUUCAAUAUUGAUAACAAAUAUGGUAGGGCUGCAUUAGAAGCCACUAUGAAAACAAUAAUGGGUUAUGAAAGCCCACUGGUUCCACCACCGCAAGAUUACAAAGGAGACUUCUUUAAAGACGUUGCAGAUGCCUUGGUUGGGGUUGGACUAAUUUGUAACAGUGAGAGCAUGCCAGGCGUCUUGACCUUAGACAAAGAUUACAAUAAUAUGUCCAAAUUUCUGAACAGAAUUUUAGGAAUGCCCGUCGAUUUACAAAAUAGACUUUUUAAGUACUUCACCGACACGUUGAAUGCGAUAGUGACUCAGGCGAAGAAAACCGGUCGUUUUGAUAUGGGGAUUCUCGAUUUGGGUACAUCUGGUGAAAAUGUUAAGAGAGUAAAAUUGUACCGAUUUUUACGGAAACACGCAACCGGCAUUGCGCCAACGGAGCUACACAUCGUUCACGUUGAGAGAGGGAUGAGCUGGGCAGAAGCUAUGGAUCGGUGGGAAUCUCUAACAGGAUCCAAAGAAGGCUUUUACCUGAGUCAUCAGGUCAGAAACGGAAAGCAGACAGCUAUAUUGGCUGUGGCAGUCGAAAGUGGCAAGAAAAAAGGUGAAAAUAGAAAGGACCAUCUUUACACAGUCUACAGGCCUAAUACGGGUCUGCAGUUGCGACAAGAGACGUUGGGUGAAUUAGAGAAAAAGUACAAAAAGGUGGAAACUGAAGAAGCCGAACCACAUUGGACUCAGCAGUAUGACGCAUCAGUAGACACAUGUUCUCAUGCAUACUGGCGGGGAAAUUGCAAAAAUACCACAUUGGGACUGGAUUGUGAAGUUGGAUUGCGUAGGCGAUCCUACAAUGUACUUGCAGGAUCGGUGCUGAGCGUGUGGAGUCGAGUAGAAAAUGUACUAGCUACAAGAUCUGGCCACAAUUCAAAGAUGCAGGUUGUGCGUUUGAGAACUGAUGAGAGCUUAAAAAUAGUGGGCACGUUAAUCCCAAAAUCUUGUAUGGAAGCAUUGCGCGAAGCUCUCUCAUCAGAUGCUGAAAAAACUGAGGAGCAAACAUUCUGAGCAGACUGCCAUGUGCUUGGUAUGGAAGGACCAAAAAUAUGUACGCAUGUCAUGAGUGUUGCUGUCCAUGCACUGGAUGCUGAGCUGAUGUCAGAACAAAUAAAUACGUCAUAUUUGCUAUUCCGUCAAGGUUAUGGAAAAAAAAAACAUGUAUAGAUCACAGAAUCUAGCGGAAUGCGAAUUACAGAAUGGUAAUUUGCUACGUAGUUGUUUCCACCACGAAUAGGAAGAAGUAACUCUUUAGAUUCGAAAAUAAAUCUAAUAUCGCUGUGUGUGGAUACGUUUAGUGUAAUAGAUGAUGUGGACGAUGGAUAUUUGUGACACUUUUUUGUUUCUUUUUCUUCUAGUUUCACAUCUUCAGGAUUAGUCAGAAUCGAAUAAUCGGAAGGUAAUCCUUAUUUAUUACUAAGUUUUUACCAUGAUAAAAUAAAUUAAUUAUCAGAAUUAUUACUAUUAAUAUUAUUAUUACUGUCAUUCAAAGAUGCAAACGACUAAAUUUUAAGAAAUAUUAUAGGGUUAAAAGUGAAAUCGAGAAAAUGUAAACUUUUGCUAAACUUGAAAGGAAAGUUAGCUACCAAAAUUGUUUUCCUAUAUAUCCAACAUUAUUCGUCUUUUAUAUGUGUCGUUGGGGAAAACAAUUUUGAAAUCUUUUUUUCCGCUCUACAAGCCACAAGAAAUUGGUCAUUUGCAACAAUCUCCAAAAAAUGGAUUUAUAAGAAUUUAGAUAAGAAAGCAACUUAUCCACCAACACCUGAUAGCUUUUCUUUUUCUUGCGCCUUGCUGUAGGCGAUAAUUUUGUGAACGUAAGUCUAUGGCGUUCUAUUUUACCUUGGUCCAGUGUGAAGUACAGAUGAAACUCGAAUUUUAUUCUUGCCGUUUUUAUUCUCUAGCAAAAGUGUACAAUGCGACGCAUCUUCUCUAACAGUGUGACUGAAAGUGUGUUAGGUAUUGAAACGUAAGAGAACGUGACUUUCAGUUUACUACAUUCUUGUAGGUGCUGUAAUUAGGACAAAAAAAACCGAGAAUUCGUCACGUAUUUCGAUAUAAGGGUAUUAAACAUUCUCCAACUUGAUUCGGAAAUUCAUUUCAACACAAAGUUUUUGACUGAGAAGUAACUUUCGGUGAAGCAAUCCGCAUCACCACUAUCAAAUAUCUUGUUUGAACUAUUCAAUUAUCAAUAUACAUUAUUUGUUUAGAGUUAUCUAUAUCACAACCCCAUAUAUCUUUCAUAUUCACAUGUGUGAUCCAAAUCAUUGGAGAUUUUUUAUAAUCGACAUUUUCAAUAGAAGAAAUUUCAAUAAGUUCUUAUGUUUUUCAAACAUUGAGUGAACUUUAAAACAACUCUUGAUUGACGAGGAACCCUAGGUAAGUCGACCUCUCUGAUUUUGAUCUUGCUCACAUAUCUUUUAGUGCAUCGAAAACUAAUAGACACAUAUUUCUUUUAUCUGCUAAUAAACGGUUUAAAGGGGUGAAAAUAACAUCCAAAGAUGGACACCCAAUGGGGUAGUUUCUCAGUUUCGUACUGAAGCACUUGAUGUACUUGAAUGAAACAUUCAAAUACAUUAAUUAUACUUGAACGAAACCAAUGCUGAAAUGUUCCAUUCACCAGUAGACACUUUCUGCUUUAGGUUGAUUUAAAUACAUUAAGCGCUUCUGUUUGGAACUGAGAAACCUAUCUUGCCGGGUUCUCAUCUGCGGGGGACAUUAUCACCCCUUUAAACCAUUUACUAGUAGAUAAAAAAAAUAUACGUCUGUCAGUUUUCAUUACCCUACAACAUAUAUGAACUAGAUCAAAAUUGAAUGGGUCGACCAACCUGGGGUUUCUUGUGAGUGUCACUGACAUGGUAUUGUUUACUUCAAAUAUAAUACAGAUAAGUAGUUUUUUAACAGAGGUCUUAAAUUAAGGAGUUGUAAAAUUGUUUCUUUAAUAGCUGAUAGAUUUAAUCAGUGCGAUAAAAAAAAUUGGUAAAAAAGUUGGGAAUGGAAACACCAUUUUAUACAUAUUUCGCUUUGUUUAAUUUUUUUCAGUUCAAUCUGAUUCUGGUCGAUAGCCAGUACUUUUUCACUGUGUUCUUAGAUUUCGUAUAUACAUUGUAUAGGACUCAAGGACGAUUUGGCUGUGCAUUUCGCCAGGUCUUGCCCCGUGGCUGGCAUAAGUUAAUGUUAACUUUUAAUCUAUCCAACUUUUAUAAAAAUUUGACCAAAUUUCAGCUAACUUAACUUUGCUAUGUGGAAACAUGCCAAAUCAACCAAUACUGAAAAUAAUUAUAUUAUUGAGUAUAGAAAAUUCGUUGACAAAAUCAAACCUGUCUGAUUGGCACUAAAGAAAAAAAUCUUAUAAACUUUCUUGGUGAAUAUAGAUUCGUGCACUUGGGUAUUUUCUGGUGUAGAACUAAAAGAACUCUAAAACAACGCAAACAUGCCCCUAGCCAUACAAAACAGCAUAGUGCAUGAGGGUCAAGCAACUACGAUUAUUUGUUUUGUGCUGGUAAUCUAAGUGACGUUAUUAAUUGGCUUAAGUUGUUACGAAAUGGAUUCAUUGACAGUUUUGGUUGCUUUAAUGUGUUGGUUUUUUUUUUUAUUUUGAGAGUCAUCUACAGAAUUGAAUUGCACCUGAAUAUACUUUCAUGAACUCAUAUUCAAAAAAAAUAUUACAAUACCAAUUCUUUCAAUAUUAUUAUUAAUUUAUCUUUAUUUAACAAACAAAUGUUCACUCACGAAAUGUUUCCAACAUCUCUCGUAAAAAAUCAUGUUUUGUUCCCUAAUGUAAUGUUUAACCAGUAAGUGUUUCAACGUAAAAAAACAAAAAACUUAAAUUUUUAAAACUAACUAAACUUCACACUCUAUAAAAAGGUUGAACGAUAGUGGUAUUAUUUUGUCUUUUAAAAUGUUAUGUAUUAUUUUGUAUCCUAUGAAGUAAUUAUUUCAUCAGUAUUAGUUUUUGAUUGGCGAUUAAAUUUUUCCACAUAUUUUACUUUACUAUGGACUAAAUGAAAUUUAUCAUGCUUUUAUUCUCAAAUCAUCUGAAUAGCCUGAAAACUUGGCGCAUAUAAUCGAUAACUAAAUGCGUUCACCCGAAUGUCCGUUAUUGUGAAUAUAUUGUCAAAAGUUAAUCGGUGGCUUAUGAUUGUUAUUCCCUCACUGAUGGUUUUAGAUUAAAGGCUGGGCAUAGUGUCGUGCAUAUUUUCAUUGUUCUUACAUUCAAUAUAGCACUUUAGCGCAUUGAAUGCUGUAUGAAAUACGAGCAAUGCGAAAUUUAAGGUACAGAAUGCAAAGCGUAUUGUAUAUGAACCACGCUAAAAGUUUAGCUGGGAUAAUGCUUGAGUUCAAGGUACCAUAUGUAGGUAAUAGUAGGCAACAGUAUGGUUUAGUAUACUACUAAAUAAUAUAAAUAUAAUAAUUCAAUUAAUGAUUACUAUUAAUGUUAGACACGCUGAACAUGAUAUAUUUAUAUUCACAAUAAUACCCGUGGUGUAUAUUAGGUGUUUGUAUGGAUCGCAAUGCAAGAUGAGUGUCUACCAGAUAACUCAAUAAAAAAAAAAAUCUUACUUUUUUUUCAAACCUCAACAAACGUCUUCAAAGAUGACACAAUAUGAUUUACGUUUCUACAUUCCUCUGUGUUUUCUGUAAUUCACAUCGAAAUAUUUAAUUUUGUACCAAAGUAUGCAUCAUUUUCUACCAUCCCAAUUUCGUGUGAAGAUUGCUUAAGAAAAUUUAUUUUUCAAAUGUCGUUGAAAUUGGCAUAUGACUAAGUCUCCUUACUCAACUCACACCUACACUUAGUUGUGAGAUAAAAUGAAGUACCACAGAUAAGUGAGCAGUUUAGCACUUCUGCAGGCAUAUAACCGUAUAAAUCGACAAUUGUCUUACAGUUAAAUAGCGUUAUUCUUGUUUUUUCUGCCAGCUAUCGCAUACAGUAUUGAGAGUCGUAAUUCAAUCUAUCUGAGUUACAAUUACACAACAAAUACAUAAUUUCAAUAUAGUUUUGAUGGCGAAACAAGUUAUGUGUACGAUGCACAGUUUCCCUGUUUCAACUUUGCUUGAAUACAAUCGUUUUUAGAAUUAUUGUGGUUGUGUACUUCCCAUCAUUUUUGCACAAAUAUUCCCCUUUGAAGUAAAAACUGGGAAAGAGUUGUUAUCACCAUCCAUAAGGCAAAAGGUGUUAUGUUGUUACCAUUCACGUUUCAAUAACUGUGAUUUGUAAGUUUUACUGAAGGUGACAUGUAGCAUUCUUCCUUCAAUUUCUUAGUUUUGAGAUUCAUUAGUAAUAGCGUCCAUGUGAACAUGCAUUUGAAUUGAGAGACUGUGACAAGGAGGAAUGUGACAAUACACCACACACAUUCGCUAUCCAUGCUUUACCUUCCUAUGGGCCAAUUUUUAUUUACUUUACGACACAUCUGAGUAUGAUAUAAAAGUUGUAGGGAAUGUGGAUUAUAUUAUCGAUUGUGGGAGGACGUAAAAUUUGUGGAAUUCUAAUUUCUGAGCUUUCACGGAUGUACAAAGUGCAAUUAUUGCCGUAAUGAGACCAGUGUUUCACAUCCAAAUAAAUAAAAAUCACAUCCAAAAAAGUAACAGUAUUUCGUUCUUGGUAUUUUCAAUUAGGAGUUAAAACUAUUUCAUCCUUAAUAACUUUUUACCAAUUGUACGCUAUAUCCGUUAGCUUGGUAUUAAAAUUUCUCAUUUAGGUUGUAAGAAUUGUGGAGAACAUUUUAUCUUGUACCCGUACUUGUUGCAAUCCAUUGUAUAUCUCAAUCUUGAUAUCAGAUUUUCCAAUUCGGUUUUUCGUAAUUGUAAAGCACAGUUAUUUACAAUUUCCGUAAAAAUGCAGAGGAAUGUUGAUCGAUACUUGGUACAUACGAUGUUAUAUUACAUUGUAACAAUAAAGUUUCUGCACAUGAUUGGGCGUGCAAUAUAAGGUAUUAUUAUAUGUUUAUGCUUCUUUAAUUGUAAUUUCACCCUCAUCUUUCAAUAUACCCAUGUCAUUGAAUAUAGGAAUACACUUCAUUUAGCUUAUUGGCGACUCUAAUUAUCCGAUAUGGUAACUAAUAGAAAUACCCCUCGUUAUUAUAAGUAUUGAUUAAUAAUUAUUAUAUGUUCUAUAUAACUAUAGAAAAUCAACAAGCGUUCAUAAAUUCACGAGAGAGAAUUGGUAAAAGAUCUGUACAGAUAUAUUAGACAAACCGUUCCUUAAUAAAAGUAUUUUAAUUAUUGCUCUCUGAUCAUUCGUCUUGGCAGAUUCAUCAUUGAUUAUUUUUCAUUACUUGGCUUCGUGGUAUUUGAAAAAAACAACUAUCUGGAAAAUGAUGCGUAUGUACGUCGUACUCUUUAUUUCAGUCUGACAUAUUUACAUAUGAUACAUAAUCACCAGCACAUUAAUGUACUAACCAAGCCAUUUCAAUAAAGUAUUAACUUACAGAAAUCUAGUAAAGGCUCAUUACUGAUAUAAUUAUUGUAGUAUAAUGAGAUUGUAAUAAAAAAAUAAGGAGACAUUGGUAAACUUUAAUAUUACGGGGAAAACAAAAAAGUUAGAGUUAAUGGUGAAAUUUUCUAAUGUGUAUUUUACAGCAGUCAUUGAACAAACUUCUACGUAGAAAAAUGCUGAAUGCAGGUACGUGUAACUAGUGAGUGAGUACAUAUAUGAACGACAGUUUUUUACACAGUCAGUCAGUAAAGUAAAUUUGGUUAAGGAUGAUGGUCGAUUGGACAGUAGGUAUAUAUAUUAAACCUGAAUACUUUUUCCGCAUGAAAGGUUUGAAAUUCUGUAAGUUUACAAUUAUUAACUUUUGGCACUUAUGUAAUCGCAUUUGUAAUUCAUUUUAGUGCUUCAGAAAGUCAAGAUAUAGUGUAAACUUGUUCUAGAGAGAAAAGAUUUACCGAUUACUUAUAGCUGAAACUACUUCGAAUUUGUUAGUGUCUCUGCUGGCACGUUAAUCUCGCCUUUUUCUUUAUGUACUGUAUUUAUGUAAUUUUUCAAUAAUGGUCGUAGGGUCAGAACGUCAAUUCAAAUCAUUUGAACGUCU